GGAGACAGAGCGCGUGGCCCGGAGCCGCUCGCUCUCGCAGACGCACGGAAGAUCCUGACGGCAGCAUCAGUUCAGCAGCGCAGGGUUCAACUCACAGGUGAUUCUGUCUCUCCUGCUGCCUCUUUGUGAACCGGCAUCGCAACUGUUUGCUGUCUUUUGCACAGGAACUCAAAGCUGCGGGUCAGUUGUUGGGAGAGAAACACAGCAGACAGAGGAAUAGCCGGGAUUCGUUGCUACUUCGAGGAUGUGCGGUAUGGACGUGGACCUGGAAGACGGAGGCUCAGCUGAGGAGGAGAAAGAGGAGGAGUUCUGGAUGGGGGAGGGAGUGAAGAUGCUGCCCCCUCCCGUGGCCCACAGCGGGGGGAGUGCGUGGGGCAGCCGCAGGGGCAGGUGUGGCUGCGUGGCCUGCGGGGCAGUUCUCAUCCUCUGGAACCUGAGCGUGGUCCUGGCCAGCGCUCUGCUCCUGGCUGUGGUCUUCUCUGUGGUGCUGCUGCCUGCAGUGCUGCUGCUCUACGCUGGUUUCCUCUGUCACUCCAGGGUCCUUGAUGCCCCCUCCGCCAUCUGCCGUUACCUCGACGACAACAGCUGCUCUGCCCUCAUCAUCCUGGGCUUUGUGAUGAUGUCUCCGCUCGUGGUCGUGGCUGCUGCAGUUUUCUGCGGCUUGCUCCGGAGGUUCCGACUUCUGCUCUUCAUUCAGCCGAUCACACGAGCCUGGUAUAAAGGCAGGCUGCUGGACUGGGCGGGCAGCGUCCACGCCUGGGUCUGAUCAGAGAAGAGCUCCUGAAGGUCAUGUGGAAGAGGAGAACAGAAAGUUACAUCUAUGUAAAAUGAAGCAGGAAGACACAGAGAGUAGACAAAAUAACAGAAACACCUCACAGUUUACUUGGUGUGACAAUAAAUCUCUCCUUUGUUGUUGUGAUCUGUUUUGUCGAGACUGAGUCACAAGUGUUGCCAUCAACAAACCGGCUUUCUUGAUGACCGUUUGAUGAGCAGAUCAAUAUCACUCUUUUAAUUGUUUCCUCAAGAAUAAAUCCACAACCAGCCGCUGAUUAGCUUAGCUUAACAUAAAGACAGGAAAUGGGCAAACAGCUGAGCUCUGUCCAACAGUUAGAUUAAGGUUAAUAAAACACAAAACACAUUUUUAUAUGUAGUGUGUUGAAUAGUGAGAUUUGGAGGUUCUACUUGUUCUUUGUACAAAGCCUGGUCCUUGGUUCUAUGCUAAGCUAAGCAUCUCCUGGCUUCGGCCUUAAGUCCAGAUUAUGCUCUUAUGCAGACAUGGGCAGCUGCAGGCACCACUGGACGUGUAGUUGGUAUCAUUAAUGUUACACUUUACAUUCAUUUGUACACAAAGUUCCAUGUUGCAUAUAUUUCGCAUCCACCCAAGUCCACGAGAAUCCAUGCAGACGCCUCUGCAUGCCGGCCAAAACUUGUCUGGGCAGACGCUGCAAGGGCAGCAGUGCACAGGCUUGGUACUAAUGUGUAUGUGUAAAAUACAUAUUUAUGGAAAACACAUUAUGCAUGGAACAAAGUUGUACCAACAGACUGCAAAUGGAAAGGAGUAAAAGCGACAACUAUGCACCCGUGGAGUAAAUAGCUGUCCAUAUGCAUGUCUGAGUUCUACACCCUUGUCAUCAAACUUUCAGAAAGUAAGCAAAUACAUACAUUUUUCACUAAUGUCAUACUAUCGGUUCAAGGUCAAAUUUUGUGGUGCUUCACAGUCUUCAUUAUUUUGUCUACCUUCUGCGCAAGAAAAUAAGAUCGUACUUAAGUUACUAGUAGCAAUUACCACACAGUCUUAAUUGGCUUUGAAGUAAAACCUUAAGCUGUUUUUGUGUUAUAUAGGGGUUGUUUUUUUUAUGUCAAGUUUACAUACAAGCAUCAUAAAGAUUACACAACAUAUUAUGCUGUCAUUCUAUUGAGGGAACAAAACACAAAGCGGAACAGCCGGGAGAGAAAUGAAGAAUCUUCGUUGGAUGUAAAGAAGAAAUACAGGUUUCCAGACAAACUUAAAUUGGUUGUUGCACUCAAAGAAUUCUAAUUUUCUUUUGAGGAUGCAUCACAAACUGGUGUUUGAAAACAGUACUUACUAGCAUUUGUAUAUAAAACUAAUAUUUUUGUGAUUUGGUGUUAUGUUAAAUGGCUACAUGAGGGAUUUUCUCAGAAAUGCAACAUUAUUUCUGGUUGGACAUAGGAGUUCUGGCAAAAUCUCAAAGCACUUUUGUUUUUGGGUUUAACUUGGUCCAGUUUGUUGUGCUCAGUGGGGCCUUCAAACACCCUGGAAAACAAGAUGAAGACUAAAAAAUGUGUGAUAAAAGCAGCAUGCUGGGACUUUGAUGUUGUCUGUGAGGUGAAUUAAAUGGACAAUGAUGUCUGUACUACAGUUUACCUGAUGUAGCAUCACUAACAGUCGUAUCUUGCUGGAGGGAGUGUAUGAAAUAUAUUUCAUUUUAGUACAUCUAGAUUCCAUUGUGCCAUAAAAACACCGUUCAUUAUGAACACAACAUGACGGCCUGACAACAUAAUGGCUGUUUAGUGAUAGGCGGUGUUAAAGAGAGAUUUGAAUCAUCAGAUCAGGGGCUCUUCUGCUGCCUCUUUGCUUUCAGGUCAUUUAAUUUCAUUAGUGACAAAUGCACUGCGCAUCCUUUUUACCUGCAUCUUCGCUCUGUAAUUAAGUGUUGAGUUCUGAAGUUUCAUUUGUUAGAGAAAAGAAAUUAAUCAUAUUUCAUAACAAGCAGGUAUCACUUGUCCUGUGCCACUGUUAUUAAAUUGAAAUAUAUUUA